AUGUUAAAAACACAGAGCUACGAAGUUGCCACCAAUAUUACCUAUGAGUAUAUUUAUGUCAAAGCAAGCGGCAGCGGUGAUGACGACGAUAAUAAUGCAAGACCGACUUUAUUGUUUCUCCAUGGGUUUCCCUCGUCGUUUCAUUGCUGGCGUCAUCAAAUCGAGCAUUUCUCACAGCAAGGAUACGGAUGUCUAGCACCAAAUAUGAUGGGCUAUGGUAAGACGUAUUCACCAUUGAACACAGACGAAUACAGGUCCAAAUCAAUGGUUGAACAUCUUGUAGCUCUUCUCAACCAUUUGCACUUGGGCAAAGUCUUUGUUAUUGGACACGAUUGGGGUACUCGACCGGGAAGUCGAUUUGUUUUGUAUCAUCCUCAGCAAACAUUGGGCCUUGUUCUGAUCAGUGUUGGUUAUACGCCACCGGGAAUAAUAGAUCUCGAUCAAGCACUGGAGAGUUCGAAGCAAGCCUUUGGUUACGAAACUCUUGGCUAUUGGAAAUUCUUUAUCUCUGAUGAUUGUGCAACAAUUAUUGAAAAUAACUUGGAAAGCUUCCUUGAUCUUGCCUUUACGAGUGAUCCAGUACAAUGGAAGACAGAUUUUGCCCCUAUCGGAAAGGCAAGAGAGUGGUUGACGAAUGGAAGAAGAACUGCUCGAGCUUCAUAUAUGACAGAAGAUGAUUACAAGAUCUUUCGUCAAUAUAUUGCUGAGGGAAUGCAACCGAAGUUGAAUUGGUACAAAGCAGCAAUUGCGAAUGUGGAUGGGGAUGAUGAGAUGAAUGUCGAUCCGACAAUUAAACGGCCAGUUCUCUUUAUAGGAGGAAGGAAAGACUAUGUAAGUCUUAUCUCUGCCUAUUCAGGACAAAAGCAAUAUAUAGCUGAUGUCGAAACGAUCGAGUUGGAAACAAGUCAUUGGGUGAUGGAAGAAAGUCCAGAAGAAGUCAAUCGAGCGAUUGACGAGUGGCUCAAGAGAAUCGUUUGA